AUGCAAAAGAGCCCGGGCAGAAAGACAAACCUAAAUAAGAAUCUAACUUCUGUAAGAAGAAGCUGUGAAGAGUGAUGCUGGCAGCUGCCUUUGCAGACUCUAACUCCAGCAGCAUGAAUGUGUCCUUUGCUCACCUCCACUUUGCCGGAGGGUACCUGCCCUCUGAUUCCCAGGACUGGAGAACCAUCAUUCCGGCUCUCUUGGUGGCUGUCUGCCUGGUGGGCUUCGUGGGAAACCUGUGUGUGAUUGGCAUCCUCCUUCACAGUGCUUGGAAAGGAAAGCCAUCUAUGAUCCACUCCCUGAUUCUGAAUCUCAGCCUGGCUGAUCUCUCCCUCCUGCUGUUUUCUGCACCUGUCCGAGCUACAGCGUACUCCAAAAGUGUUUGGGAUCUAGGCUGGUUUGUCUGCAAGUCCUCUGACUGGUUUAUCCACACAUGCAUGGCAGCCAAGAGCCUGACAAUCGUUGUGGUGGCCAAAGUAUGCUUCAUGUAUGCAAGUGACCCAGCCAAGCAAGUGAGUAUCCACAACUACACCAUCUGGUCAGUGCUGGUGGCCAUCUGGACUGUGGCUAGCCUGUUACCCCUGCCGGAAUGGUUCUUUAGCACCAUCAGGCAUCAUGAAGGUGUGGAAAUGUGCCUCGUGGAUGUACCAGCUGUGGCUGAAGAGUUUAUGUCGAUGUUUGGUAAGCUCUACCCACUCCUGGCAUUUGGCCUUCCAUUAUUUUUUGCCAGCUUUUAUUUCUGGAGAGCUUAUGACCAAUGUAAAAAACGAGGAACUAAGACUCAAAAUCUUAGAAACCAGAUACGCUCAAAGCAAGUCACAGUGAUGCUGCUGAGCAUCGCCAUCACCUCUGCUCUCCUGUGGCUCCCCGAGUGGGUAGCUUGGCUGUGGGUAUGGCAUCUGAAGGCUGCAGGCCCGGCCCCACCACAAGGUUUCAUAGCCCUGUCUCAAGUCCUGAUGUUUUCCAUCUCUUCAGCAAAUCCUCUCAUUUUUCUUGUGAUGUCGGAGGAGUUCAGGGAAGGCUUGAAAGGUGUAUGGAAAUGGAUGAUAACCAAAAAACCUCCAGCUGUCUCAGAGUCUCAGGAAACACCAGCUGGCAACUCAGAGGGUCUUCCUGACAAGGUUCCAUCUCCAGAAUCCCCAGCAUCCAUAUCAGAAAAGGAGAAACCCAGCUCUCCCUCCUCUGGCAAAGGGAAAACUGAGAAGGCAGAGAUUCCCAUCCUUCCUGAUGUAGAGCAGUUUUGGCAUGAGAGGGACACAGUCCCUUCUGUACAGGACAAUGACCCUAUCCCCUGGGAACAUGAAGAUCAAGAGACAGGGGAACGUGUUAAAUAG